GUCGCGCUCGGCACGGCACGGCAAACGAUCGACGACAUCGACAGCGACAACGACGUCGCAUGGACUCCGUGCGCGAUUUUCAUUCACUUUUCAAACAACUUCUCGCUCAGCUCAGUUCUUCAAGUACACGAUUACCCCUGUAGCUACCAAUACCCCCGCCAUUGACGAUAGUGAAACGAUUACGGAUACGGAUACGGAUACGAGACCCAGCCAAUAACAACGACCCAAUCGACCCAAUCGGGCCCGGCAGUUUCUCUGUUCAACUGUUGGGCAGUUGGACACACAGUACAGCGGACGGACAGCAGUUGGCCGAAAAGGAAACAAAUAAUUAAUAAUCGUAAAAGCUAAAGGCUAUUGGCUGGAAAAUUCAGAAACGUCGCGUUGUCACGUAAUGUCCAUUAAAUCGAAUUUCAUAAUUGAGUCUUUGGAAUAUCGGUGAGGGAAAAGCUGUCGCCUCAACAUUUUGGCAACCAAAAAGCAAAACUCAGCAGCCGCAAAAAAUGGAGCCCACCAACAGUAAAAGCUCCAAAAAAGGACGCAAAUCGCGACCAGCACAGGCCCCAAUCGAACAGGAACAGCCACAGGAACAACAGCAGCAGCAGCAGCAGCAUCAUCAUCCCUGGGAUGAAGGACGAGCAGCACGGACAACACCCAGUCCGAAUAGGGCCAUUGCCAGCACGGGCACAGCGCUGACCCGAUUCCUGACCUGUAUGGCACCAGUGAUUGUGUCGCUACCCGGUGCCACACCUGGAACUGGAGCUGGAGCCGAGCAGCCGACAAUUCUACUGAUCAACGGCAUCGCCGACGACUCGCAGCUGCAGGACAGGCAGAGCAGAGCCGCCGCCCUGAAGUUGGCCCUCGAGAGCAAUCCACACAGUGAAGCCAACUGCUCGCUGGGAAGCCAGCCCGUUCGGACAGUGCCAACCACUCCGGGGGGCUCGCACCUGCUGGACUUUGAGUCGCACCUCAUCGAGAACGUUGUGGGCGAGGGCAGCGGAGUGGGCAUUAGGGAGCUGACGCCCUUCGAGCAGGAGCUGCAGCAGGGCACAUCCAAGGUCGGGACAGACGAUGACGCGUCUGUGAUCGAGGUGGAACCAGCCGGGGCCAAGACCAAGCAGGCCAUUAAGACUCUAGCGCCGCCGCAUCAAAUCGCCGAGGUAGACGAAACGGCCACCACACCGUCGGAGGCAGUGCGUCGGACCGCCGAGCAGCUGGUGGGGGAGAUCGAGCAGGCCCUAGUGACCUUAGUGCCGCCACAACAAGUCCGCAAGUCCGAGGAGACGGCCCCCCCAUCGGAGCUAGUGCGUCGCACCGCCGAGCAGCUGGUGGAUGAGAUCGAGCGCGAGCUAAUUGAAACCCUGAGCAAAGAUGUGGACGAGGCCCAGACUGAGCACGACAACCAGGUGAAGCGCGAUCGCGACGAGCUGAGCUCGCUCUCACAGCAGGUGGAGGUGCAGCUGAACGAGCUGACCAGCAUCCUCAAGAACAAGCCGCAGACGGAGAUUGUGUUGGAGCUGCCGGAGGAGGAGCAGGAGCAGGAGCACGAGCACGAGCCCAGGCCACUGAGACACGCCGCCGCCAACGAGCUGAAGCUCGUGGAGGUGCCCACGCCCAAGACCGAGGCCGAGGAGCAGCAGCGCAGGGAGUUCAUCGACUCGCUGCCACAGAUCGAACAGCACGGGGCAGGGGAGACCGAGACGGAUGCCCAACGACUCUCAGCGGACUGCAAAAGGGAGUAUUAUCAGUCGCUGAAGAAGUAUCUGCUGGAGAGCAGCCAGGACAAGCCGCCCAUUCCGCUCCAGACCUAUCGCUGGGAGGAUCUGCGACGAGCCAGAGAGCGGGGCGGCUAUCCGUGGACGCACCUCUACAAGCGUCCCCUGGGACCCGACGAGCAGCCGGAGAUUGUGCUGCUGCUGCGCAAGUCCCAGGAGCUGCGGUUCAAGUCCGAAUCGCCCAAGUCCCUCAAGAAGGUGCGCUACGACGAGCAGGUGCUGGUCAAGGAGACCGAGCGCUACAUUCAGGACCUCUCCGAGGACGAGGCGCUAGCCCACACCUCCGAGGACAGCAGCGAGGAGUCCGACUCGGAGACCGAGUCAGAGGCCGAGGCAGAGCGCGAGACCCACAACGAGGACGCCCUCAGCGAGUGCAUCUCGUGCGUGUCCGACUCGGUGCUCGCCGUCGGGGGCCACAACAAGCCGCGCAAGACCAGUCGCCUGGCCCACAUCCGCGACAUCAUCCGGCGCAGGCGCAGCGGACGCACCCACGAGGACGCCCAGUCGCUGCCAGGCACCUCUGCCAAUCCCAGCCGGCAGAACAGCCUCCACGAGCUAGCCCCGCCGCCGGGCUCUCUGGUCCCAAGCACACAGAAGCCCCCGAAGAGCGCCGCCGCCAAGCCCAAGCAGAGCUUCGACAUCAUGAAGAAGCUGAAGAGUCUGGCCGAGCGGCAGAAGAAGCGCCUGAACAUCAAGCGCAUCACCCUGAAGAAGGACGAGAAGAUCGUCCUCGGCGAGCAGCAGAAGAUCAUGAAGCUGAAGGCCUCGCCCAAGUCGGACCGCGGCGAGAUUCCUCACUUCAUCGAGAAGCAGGACUCGGACGACAUCCUCGAACUGGUCGAGUACGAUGAGUCGCCCUGUCGCAAGCGCAACAAGGAGGAGCUCGAGCAGGAGCAGCGCGAGGAGGACCUACCCAGCACCAGUGGGGCCGCAGGAAGUGUCCCCCAGCCGGAGGAGAUCAUUGAGCUGCCCGCGGCAAAGACUGAGACCGAUGCCCCCGCUCUGGAGAUUACAGAGCCGCAGGAGGAGAAGGGGAAGAUGGCACAGGAAGGCAGAGGCGAAGGGGAUGGCACAGAGUCGCCGCCCAAGAAGACACCUCGUCUCCGUCGCGAGCAUGUCUAUGAGGAGAUUGGACACCAAACACCCGAGCUGGUGGAUCAGACCCUCAUUGAGUUGGACACCCUCAAGAAGUCGCUGACGCGUCAGGACCAUUUGGCCAUCGAUGACAUUGAGGCCGCCAAGGCGGUGCCCCUGGAUCGCAUGGGCAGCAGUGAGGAGGAGCAGGUGGCCGUGGCCGGUGCCGGUGCCGGCAAGUCCGGAGCCCUCCUGGCUCCGCUCUCCUCCAUAGACUCGACCUCGUCGGACGAGGAGCGGGCCCGCCUGGCGCAGCUGUCGCCCGUGGCCGAGGAGAGUGACAUCGAGCCGUCGGAGACCGCCGAUCUGCGUCCCGCGCUCAAGAAGGAAGCCUCGCCAGCGCCCUCGGACAAGAAGGUGACGUUCUCGCACGUCGAAGACGAGGCCGAGCCCCAUCGCGAGGACAUCGAGCUGCCGGAAGAAGUGCUGGAGGCAGCCGCCAAUGCGGCCAGAUGGAAGAACGAGAGUGAUCAUGAAUAUGAGCCCGUGGGCGUGUCGCCGGCACACGAAUCAUCGCCAGCGCCAGCGCCAGGGCCAGGGCCAGCGCUGGUGCCAGCCCACGCCCCAUCCGAGCUGCAGGUGCCCAUGCCCAUGCCCAUGCCCAUGGACAUCGAUGGACAUCUGGACAGCUCGACAGGAACUACGCCCCGAACCGAAUCUCGCACCGACUACGAAAUACACACCAGCCAGGUGGACUCGAGCGCCCUCGAGGAGCUGCCGCUGCAGCCGGAGAGCCGCAAGAAGAGCUUCAUGGCCAGCGCCCAGGACCGCACCAAGAAGAUGCAGGACGGUCUGCGGCAGCAGGCGGGAAAGCUGCGCACCAAGCUGCGCAGCAGCCAGCAGGCCAAGCCCAAGCCCAUAUCGGGCAGCCCCAAGGCCAAGGCCAAGGAGCGGAGGCGCUUCAAGGCGCCCGAAUUCUCAAAGAUCAAAAUGCCCGAGAUCAAGCGACCCGACAUGUCCAAGUUCAGGGACCUCAAGCGGCCGGAAUUCACCAAAUUCAACAAGCCCGACAUGUCCAAGUUCAAGCUGCCGGAGAAGUUCUCGACCCUGAAGCUGCGACGCAGCAAAAGCUUCAAGGAGAACGAGAGCGAGCUCACGUCCGAGGAGCCACAGGCCACCAGUGCAGCAGCAGGAGGAGUACGAGGAGGAGGAGGAGGCGAAGCGCCUGCCCAGUCAGCGCCCAAGAAGAAAUUCGAGUUCAACUUUGGCACCUAUCCGCGUGCCUUCCGCAAGAAGAAGCCCACAGAGGAGCCACCACCACCGCCCGCUUUGGAGUCUUCGCUGGGCACGGAGAGACUUAGCCUCAGCGUGAUACCCAGCACCGAGACGCAGCCAUCGCAGACGUCUACCAGCUCGCCGCAAGGAGACCGCGGACCUGGUCCGGUGCGGUCCCGCUGGGCGGACAAGUUCUCGGACGUGAGCUACAACGACAGCGAGGGAUCGCGCUACAGGCGCUACGGCAGCGAGCUGGAGAGCUUCGACCGCGAGUCCUCGCUGGAGCGGCGCAUGAAGGAGGAUCUGGAGGGGGGCGAGGACACGGCCAGCGAGGCCCAGCAGCCCCAGACAAUGGGAAUUCUGGGCGUGGUGGCCGACAGCAAACAGUUUGCGGAGUUCGAUGAGGAGAAUCGAGCCAUCCACGAGAUCUCCAGCAAGCGGUCGCGCGAGUUCAAGCGCCGACCGAUGGUGCAUCAGGACUCUGAUUUGCGCUCGGAGGACAGUCGCGACGCCGAGGGCUGGACGGAGAAGGACAUACAGAAGAACAAGCUGCUGCGCAAGGCGGAGCUGGAGGCGGAGGCUGGCUACCACAAGUACUACGAUAGCCACUCGACGGCCAGUUCGGGCAAGAAGGUGGUGAUGGAGCCCAUCGACGACGACGAGUUCUUCCUGCGCAAGCGCGGCAUCUCCGAGGACAACAUCCAGCUGCGGCAGUACAUCAGCGCGGCCAUUCGCGAGGGCUACGACAUGCCCAAUGCCCUGCAGCACGUGGGCUACUCCGCAGAACCCGCCCCGGGGGAAUACGGAGACUUUGAGGCAGCGCCGGCCAAGCCACGCCGCCUGCAUCGCAACUAUCGGCCGGACAUUGACGACUCGCAGGAGUUCCAGCGCAGCGACUACGGCGACGAUCUGUCCAUGUCUCAGAACGGCAGCGACUUUGCGCCGAAGAGGCCUCUGCGCAAGGCUCGCAGCCGCAGCCGCAGCAAGCUGUCCGUGGACGGCAGCCAGGACAUGCACAUGGGCGAUGGGGCCAGCAGCAGCAUUCAGUACUUUGACGACGAUGAGGAGUACCUGCGGCCACCCACGCGGGAUCAGCAGGUCAGCGAAUUGGACAAGGAAGCGGCGGCGACGACGACGGAAAAGGUGGGACCACAGGCCCUACCGCUGGCCCCGAGGCGCCACAAGAAACGCACACGCGAUGAUGCAUCCGCUGAGAAGGAUGCGGACUCGUUCUUUAAUGGCUUUGGUGGUAGAUCAGUAUCGAAUACCUUUUUGCAGCCACACGAAGAUGUAAUUGUUUAUCGCACUGAGCACGAAUAUCGUCACAUACCGCUAGCCACGCCCGACAACUUCACGGACGGGGCGUCCGUGCGUACACCCCGGUCCGAGGACGAUCGCACCUCACGCGGUGCCGACUCGCUGGUGCUGGACAUGAAGACACGGCCCGAGUUGGGGGAGGACAACGAGGAGGGAGCAUCCAGGACCAAGAGCGACGAGAGGUUCGUCAUUGACAUGCUGGAGAGCGACGGCUACGCGGUGGUGCGCAAGGAGCCCCUUCCCAAGCCCACGCCGCCGGCCCGCCGCAAGAAGUUCACCCGAUCGCCCGGCGAGCGAUUCGCGACGCUGCCCAGCAUACGCGGCUCACGUGGCUCCCCACCGCCGGCCAGGCCGCCGCCGCCACAGCAGUAUAUACCCACGGAGGACUCGCCCUCGCCGCUGGUGCCACGCCGCAGAUCGGCGGCCAGUCUGGACGAGAUCCCACAGAUGAUGAUCAAGUCGAACUACGAGACACAGAAGCAACAGCAGCCGGAGAAGGAGGAGGAUGACUACGAGGAGCCCGGAGCAUUGGAGCGACCAGAAUCGCCACGCUCCAAUCUGCAGUCCGGCGAGGUCAUCAACAAAAUGAAGUUCCGACCUCUGCCAGCGCCACCGCGUCCACCGCGCGAGAAGCGCUCAACGCGCGCUGGCAGCAAUGCCCUCGACAGCUACGAGGACAGCGAACAGGUUGCCAGCUCCAGCCAGGCGGACAGCUACGACCAGCAGGGCGAGUUCGAGGUGGAGGUGUCCACACAGACGGACCCGCUGCCCGACGACUUCGUCUGCGAGGAGUUCGAGAUCACGGAGGACAUGAAGGUCAUUGAGCCGCGGCGAGCCAACGGAUCGAAUGGAUCGGCCAGCAAGACCCUCGAGGAUCUGUUGCGCAGCGUCGAGACCCAGGAGACGCAGGACGAGGUGGACGGCGUCCGUGUGCUAACAGAGGACGAGCAGUUGGCGAAGGGCCUGCAGCGCUUCAGGGAUGCCAACCAGCGGAGCAUGUCGGAGCGCUCUCGGGCCUCGUCCUCUCAGGCGGACCGUUCCAAGUCGCUGAGUCGCCCUCAGACGCCAUCCUCGGCGGUGGUCAUUGAGCGACGCGUCCCCACGCCCAGUCUGGUGGCUGGCGAGGAGCAGGAUGACACUGUGCAGGCCUCGCUGAUAGUGCGACCCAUCAGUGCCGCCGAUCUGGCGGAUGAGGAGCUGCGACGCGAGGAAGAGGAGCUGCGGCGGGAGGGUCUGCUCUCGGACAGCUCGGUGCAGAGCAAGUCCGAUGUGGAGGACGAGGAUCGCGGAGAGGGGGCCGUGGCCCUGAGCGACUAUGCUGCCAGCUCGGCGGAUCUGGAUGCGGCGGUGGAGCAGCUGCAGCAGACCCAGCUGGAAAGCGACUACGAGAGCCGGCUGGAGGACGACGAGGUGGAGCGCACCCUCAGGGACAGUGAGUACUCGGAUCAGUAUGAGGAGGAAGAGGAGACGGAUGAAGAGACACGACUGGAGAGGGAGCUCACGGAGCAGGAGCUGGACGAGGCGCUCGAGAAGGAGCUGCAGGAGGCCAUGGAGAAGGAGCUCACGGACUACAGGCAAACCGAGAAGGACACGCUGUCGGAAGAGAAGGAGUACGCUCCCUCCGAGAUCGAGUCCCGCCACUCCGAAGACGAAGCCCUGGAAGCCGUGGAGAAGCCCAUCCGGAAAAUUACCGCCAGCGAACCCACCGAGGCCGAAGUUACGCCCAAAUUUGUGGCCACUCUGCCCACAGAACCCGCCUACGGCCACGACGAACUGGAUGACGAAGAGCCGGAAGAUGUGCCCCUGCCACCACCACGUCGCAAGUCCACCACAACCCUCGAGCCCACCGCAGCAGCAGCAGCAGUAGCAGCAGCAGCAGCAGCCACCACUCUGACGAUCGCUGAGCAAUCGGCCCGAGAGCUAACGCCUGUACAGUCCCUGCAAUCGCCGCCAGAGCCGCAGCUACCCACUCGCUUGGCCGAGCUGGAGGUGGAGCGACUGCGUGUCCAUGCCCUGCAGGCAGGCCAGAUCCAAGUCUCGCAGCUGCACGGCAGCCACAUCAAAGCAGACGACCUGGAGUGCAAGUCCGGUCAAUUGGUGGUCCAGAGCAUCGAGCUCCCGCCAGGAUUCAUCGACGACAUUGUAGAACGCGUGCGGGAGCAGCGUCCCUCGCUGCUCACCACCGAAACGCAGACCAGCCGCCAGGCCAGCAGUGAGCCGGCCAACUCGGAUGUGGAGCAGCCCGUUAAGCCGCCGCGCCAGAGCAAGGCCACCGAGCAGUCGCCUCCGAACUUGGACGAACAGACCCAGACAGAAGCCGGGCUGAUGCCUCUGCCACCGCCACCAGCCGCGUAUCCCAGUGUCGAGUAUUUGCAGUCCCUGGCACCGUUGGCCUUCUACAAUCUGCAGCGCAGCGCUGAGGCCGAACAGGCCGAGGGAGCAGCCUCCACAGAGCGCAAGGCGCCGCACAAGUGCCGGCGUCGCCAUGUCCAAGAGCAGGCCGAGCCCGAGUCGGGCUCUGAGCUGGAGGAUCAGCUGGUGGAAAGACCACGCUCGCGUUCCUCGCGUCGCUCGCGCACUAGGAGCGCCACUCAGCCGCCCGAGGAGUACGAUGAGGAUCAGCCCCGCACUGUCGUGCAGGCGGGACGGCAGUUCAUAUCCGCCUGCAGCCUGGAGCUGGUGAGCAUCAUCAACCAGCUGACGCACUACGUGCGCGGCGAGGCCAUGGAGCCGCAGCAGCAGCAGCAGUCGCGGAACAUAUCCGCCCUCAUGGUGCUCUUCAUUCUGAUCACGUUCGGAGUGCUUGUCUUUCUGCUCACCGGACGACAGGUGCACACCCAUCACUGGGACUACUUCAAUCCGCCCGGGAACGAGGGCAGGCAGACGUGAGGGCAGUGGAGAUCGAUCCCAUCAUCCGUGGGCUUGUCACGCACUAUCCUUGGGGGGAGAGGGGCGGGUUUGCAUUUUGCAUUUUGGAGCAGAGAAUUUUUUGCUUAAUGGGUGAAAAACAAACGAAUUUAAACGCGGCCAAGAGCCCGCUCGAAACUAGAAGGCCUUAAUGAUAUACAUACAUACAUACAUACAUACUAACAACAAUACGGUGAGAACUAGCAACUACUUUAGGAGAGGUGCGACGACGGUGGGGGGCGUUGCCACUACUCGUGCUACUACUAGUCACAGAACAAUCGAAUCGAAUCGAAACGAAUCGAAACCCGGAAUCCCAGUUCAACAGACACAUGUGCAGUGCCCGUGCUAAACCAUAAGCCAUACAACUUGUAUCUUGUACUAACUAUAAAGAACUCCUACUAUCCAUAAAAGGGGAUCUAUAAUUUACAUCACCCACCAGUCUACCAGUGCAGCAGCGGCAGAAGCAGCAGCAGAAGAACAACAACAGGAACAGUCGAAACAGAAGCUGAACCAGCAGAGGCAACGAUUAUGUAUUAGUUAUGUACUUAACGCAUGCUAUGUAUGUACAUAGACAUUUUUUAGUAGCUGCCUUUAACUAUGGUAGGGAGAGCAAGGAAAAAAAAUGCGAAAGGAAUGGGAAGGAGAACUAAUCAAAUAAACACAUAUUUAUUUUCUACCAGCGAGGGGGAACGCGAAAAGAGAUUCAAUUGUUGGACAAAUUGUUGUUUAAUCUAGACCAAAGCGUAGAAAUUAAUAUAUAAAAACCAAAACAAAAAACAUAAAACUCUUUUUCAUUGAAUUCACUUAAAAGUUAUAAUUUGAAAUGCGAGUACUUAGCAGUGGAGAGGAGAGAGCAUUAUAUUAUAUAUAUACAUAAACAUAUAGAAGCGUAUUUUCAAUAAAGCAAAACGAUAUACAAAUAAA